ACUGCAGCUAACUUCCCCCUCUGACCAAGAUGGCGUCUCUUAGAAAGGAGUGUUAGCAGAGGGUCUUUGUUGUGUUAGAAAGAGGUAAAAUGUGUAAAGUCCAGAUGCUGAGAGCGUUGGUGGAGCAGCGACUAACUGCGGCUGCUGAAGAGAUAUUUGGGCUGUUUGAAAGAACGAUAGCAGAGUACGAGGAGGAACUUUGUCGUUCAAAAGAGGAGAACGAGCGACAACGGGAACUACUGGACGCUGUUUUCAACCCUCAGCUCCGGGUCCCCAGAGCAGGUCUGGUCCCUUCUACAAACUCAGCAGAUGUUGAGCAGCCGUUGGCGGUUGAAGAAGUGGUUCCCCCGGAGCAGCAGGAGUGUAGCUCCAUUGUAGACCAGGAGGAGCCAGAGGCCCCCCCAUACAUUAAAGAGGAACAGGAGGAACUGUGGAGCAGUCAGGAGGGAGAGCAGCUUCACGGGCUGGAGGAGGCUGAUAUCACCAAGUUCAUAUUCACUCCUGUCCCUGUGAAGAAUGAAGAUGAUGAAGAGGAAGCUCAGUCCUCACAGCUUCAUAAGAGAAAAACUCAACACAUGGAAACAGAAGCAGAUGGAGAGGACUGGGGAGGACCAGAACCAACCAGAUACUCACAUAUUUUACAACCAGAGACUGAAGACCUGACUGGAGACUGCUCUGAACCUGAGACUAAUGACAGUGCUGAUUGGAAGGAGACCAGAGAACCUCAGUCAGCUUUAAACUCUCUGGAACACGAUUCAACAAUUAAGAAACCAUUCACCUGCUCUUUAUGUGGGAGGAGAUUUGUCCAGAUGGAACAUCUGAAGAGACAUAUAAGAACUCACACAGGAGAAAAACCUUUCAGCUGCUCAAUAUGUAAUAAAUAUUUUACAGAGAGAGGAAGUGUAAAGACACACAUGAUAAUCCACACAGGGGAGACGCCAUUUAGCUGCUCUGAGUGUGGAAAAAGAUUUAACCACAACUCAAAUCUGAAGAGACACUUGAGAACUCACACAGGAGAGAAAGCUUUCAGCUGCUCAGUUUGUAUGAAAUCUUUUACACAGAGUGGACAUUUAAAAAAUCACAUGAAACAACACACAGGUGAGAAACCUUUCAGCUGCUCUUUCUGUAUGAAGUCUUUUACACAGAGUAGCCAUUUAAAAAAUCACAUGAAACAACACACAGGAGAGGGACCGUCUACUUCCUGUGUAAUUGACAUCAGAAAGCAGCAGGAGUGGAGCUCCAGUGUGGACCAGGAGCAGCCAGAGAACCUCAGCCAGGUUGGAACUCUCUGAACUAUAGAAAUAAAAUGGAUAGAAUGGCCAUUUCCAUUCAAAUCAAUGUUACAUAAUGGUCAGAGUGGCAGACAUUUUAAUGUGUAACAUUGCCAUGGUAACGUAUGAACUUCAGUGUAAGCCGACUUCC